UAAGAGCCACCGCCCGCCCCCUCUCCUGUAUUUUUAGCUGAGCCAGCCGCUUCAUCUGCUGGAUUUGCAGCUGUGCACCGUAUGCAGUGAUCUCACGGAAUCCUCUCUGAUAGAUGACAUGAAAUCUCCUCCUGCAGACUCGCCGUGGGACCGCGCCGCCGGCCGUUCCCGGGAAACGUCGUGCGAGGGAGACGUCCGUCCCGCCGCUGCCGGACCCUGAGACGCGCGCUCAGCCCGCGGAUGCUCGAUGUCCAUUAUGAAACGCAACGGUGCACCGGGUGUCGAGUGUCACGCGCAGCGCUUUUGACAUCAAGUGAAUUACAAGAAAUCAAUUUAACUGCAAAGAAAAGACCUGCCCGUCUUCUCCUGGACUGUGGAUAACAAGAAGCCUUCAAGACGGAGGGGGUGGUGGAGCAUCGAGGAAAGAACAGGGGCAACAUGAGGGAACGGGACUUCAUGCCCAAUAUGGAGAGGGGCAAGCCUGCCACUUACACGGGGGACAAAAAGGCUAAGAUGGCUGCUAAGACGAACAAGAAGUGGGUGAGACUGGCCACUGUCUUUGCCUAUGUGUUGUCCGUGUCCCUAGCAGCCAUCAUCCUGGCGAUCUACUACAGCCUCAUUUGGAAACCAACUAGCGCAUCCUCUGCGGGGAAGCCGGGGGUGCACGAGGAGGUCACCGCCGCCGCCGCCAACACCUCAACCAACGGUUCCGCCAGUGGCAGCGUGUCCGAGUGGAACUCCACGCAGACGGGACAGCUGUCGGCCAACCACACCAGGCUCGGCCGGGCGUUCCAGUGGGACGACAUGGCCGAGAGCGCGGCCGUCUCCCCGCGAGCAGCCGCUGCGCACUCGCGGCGGGAGGACGGACUCUACACGUCCCCCCGCGGCCACACAGACGCGGAGAGACCGGGCGAAGAGGCGCACGCGUCCGAACCCCGGCUGAGCCAGCGGCUCAUCCCGUCAGGCACCGGGGAGACGACUCAUGGGGAGGAGGAGGAGGAGGAGGAGGAGGAGGAGGAGAGGCGGGCGCGCAGCCGGGGUGCAGGGGCGACUGACGCACGCGACCCCGAGCAGCAGCAGCCGGCUGCGGAUUCUGCCACUGCCCCUCCGACGAGCCGAGCGACCGGGGCCUGAUCCCUGAUCCCUGAUCCCCCCAACACACACACACGAGGACUCAGUGCCGCAGGUCGGAUAACACACAGGCCCUCUUCUUAAAACUAAUACUGCAGAUUCCCUUGUGGAUGUUGAACUGCACACAUGAACUGAUAUCUCGCCCUUGUGACUGACAAAAGAGGAAUCCUUGCUUCUUCUAUCAACACUGAUCCCCCCCUCAACAAUAACUAUGCGUUGUUGUUGUAUUUUCUGUUUUCAUUUUAGGCCAUCAGUAUGCCUUAAACAUCAGAGUGUGUGUGUGUGUGUGUGUGUGUGUGUGUGUGUGUGUGUGUGAGUCUCCUUUACCUCGGACAGCUUCUGAGGCACUGACCUGCCCCUGCCUGUGGACAAGACUGCCAUAGUCAUUUUGUCAAACUAACGGGACAAAGGCUCCAAAGAUGCUUUUGAUUUUGUUGGACAUCAACAUGUCUCGCGGGGCAGACAGCGCCUCACAUCACUGCCAUCCACCGGCUGCUCUCAAUCAGCACUACUGCGUUAGUUGCAUUUUUAACAUGUAGACUGUACUUUUUUCCUGUUCAUGGAUCAAACCUGGAUUCCGAGUAGAAGAACUGCAUUGUUGAGUUAUGCUCAGGUAUGUGCAUACAGCCAUGUAAAUGUAUUGUGUGUUUCGGUCAUGUACAUACAGGGCAGGCGUACAUCUUUUAGGCCUCGAUAAACUUUUAGUGUAAGUAGAGGAUUUUUAAUAAAGUUACAGUAUGUAUAAUAGAUAGAACUAUAUCACAAGGUACAAAUAAACAUCCUUAGAAAAUGA